AUGGAAAAUCCAGAAUAUUCGAAAAAAAAGUUCGAUUUUAGUGAUAUAUUUCCACAAUGCUCAAAAGGUUAUAAAUGGGAAAAUCAUUCACCUACUGAUUCUCUGGCUCAAAAGUUAACACCACUAUGUAGUAAGUUUUACAAUAGUUGUGUGGCUGGUCAUGAUAAUAGUAGUUUUAGUUCAAAAUGUCAACUUGUUACUUUUUAUUUAGCUCAUAUAAAAAAUAAAAAAAAUGAAUUUCAGGUAAAUCCAUGUUGUAAAUAUUUCUUUUACAAACUGUGGCAUCUACUAAGAAAUUAUCCAAGAACUUGUGGUGACACUAAAAAGUGUUAUGAAAAAAUGAAGACCUUAAUUAGCGCUACGAAUAACAAGGAAGAGAUUAAUGAAUUAUUUUCACAGUGUAGUAAUUUUCCUAACGAUUUUGAUCAAGAUAUAUUCAAAAUAUUUGAAAAGCUUGAUAUAAUAUAUAAUGCUUUAGAUGCAUUUACAAGCAAGCCAUGUCCAGCCCAAUCGGAUCUUUUGAAAAUCAGGGCACAGAAGGCAUUCCUAGAAGAACGUCAAAAUAUAUAUAACGAUAGUUUUACAAAAUUGCUUAGAAAUUUUAAUGAUUUAUUUAAAAAUUGUGUGAAAGGCUUAAAUGGUACAAAGGGGUGUGUAGUACCAUUUUUAUCAUAUGUCUACGAGGAAGAAAAGGCUAUAGGAAUAAUAAAAAUAUUUGA